UUUGCUUUUGUCAAAUUGCAAGACACUAUUUAUAUUCCUCUUCCUCUAUUUCCCUACCCGCCCUUUCAUCCUCAUUGUUUCCGCGACUAUCCAGAGCUCUCUGUUCCAGCUGCCAUGGGUUCUUCCACUCUAUCUCCUCAGCUUGCUCAGAAACCUUACACCAACCAUAAGCAAACCCCCUUCCGCUUCCGAACGCUCAGUUCCCGCCGCUCCCCGCCUUCCCUCCUCCGUUGCUCCGCCGCUCCCCGCUUCUCCGCAGCUAUCGCCGUCACGGCUUACAACCCUGCUCUCCGGCUUCACCUUCUUUCCAACGAAUUUAGGUCCCUUCAUGAGCCCAUCGAUCGCGUUAAGCGUCUCCUCUUCUACGCCGCUGAUCUCCCACCUUUCCCCGAUUCCGAUCGCAUACCUUCCAACCGCGUCACGGGUUGCACCGCUCAGGUCUGGCUCUCCGCUUGGAUGGACUCCAUAGGCCGGAUGCGAUUUGCUGCCGAUAGCGAUUCCGAGAUCGCUCGCGGUUUCUGCGCCUGCCUCCUUUCCGUUGUUGAUGGCACGCUUCCGGAGGAUGUGUUAGCGAUGCGCGCAGAGGAUCUCGCAGAUCUCAAUAUUGUCGGACUUUCCGGGCGUACCCAUUCUAGGGUUAAUACGUGGCACAAUGUGCUGGUUAGUAUGCAGAAGAGGGCUCGUGCGCUCAUGGGCCAGGGAGAAGGGCGGUCAAUGGUAGAUCCCUUUCCAUCUCUGGUACUUGGAGGUGAUGGGAUUAGCUCAAAGACGAUCUACACUGAAGCCCAGGUGAGUGUUCCUGGACAAUCCCUUUUUCACGGGCUUUCAUCCAUGGAGACUUAGGAUGAGAUCAAGUUUCUUCUAUUUGUCCUCCCCAUUCCCAUUUAAGGAUUUCUGGAACAAUUCGUUUUUGUUCUAGGCCACCAUGAGGAGGCUUUAAUAAAAGGUAGGGAAGUAUAUA